AUGGCACCCGCCACGCACGCGUCGGCCUCGGAGCUGGCGCGCCAGAUCCUCGAGCACAAGGCCCCCAGCUACUCCUUCAGCUUCUCGCCGUUCCUACGGUCGACAUACGGCCACGGGUUCCCACCGAACCGCCCCGUCUGCAAGGCCUUCCUGGCCGGCCACUGCCCGCUGGGCGCCUCAUGCCCGGACCGCCACAACACGGGCGCCGCGAGCGCCGCCGCACAGCACAGCGCCAACGCUAGUUACAACUCGCUGGUGUGCAAGCACUGGCUGCGUGCCCUGUGCAAGAAGGGCGACAGCUGCGAGUUCCUGCACGAGUACAACCUGCGCAAGAUGCCCGAGUGCAACUUCUUCGUGCGGAACGGCUACUGCUCUAACGGCGACGAGUGCCUGUACCUGCACAUCGACCCUCAGAGCAAGCUGCCGCCCUGCCCACACUACGACCGCGGCUUCUGCCCGCUCGGCCCCCUGUGCAGCAAGAAGCACGUCCGCCGCAAGCUGUGCCCCUACUACCUGGCCGGCUUCUGCCCCGAUGGCAAGACCUGCAAGGAGGGCGCCCACCCGCGCUGGGACAAAGACCUCGAGCGCCCCAUCGCCAAGAGCGAAGUCGUGCACGACGAGCCGCCCAUGACGAGGAGGGACGACAUGGAUAUGGACGACGACCACCAGAGGGGUUACGGAGGAAGGCGGGAUCGCGAUGACAAGGGCGGCCGGGGCGAUCGCUUCGGUGGUGGGAGAGGAGGCAGAUGGCGAGGUAGAGGGGACCGCAAAUUCAGAGGAGGAAGAGGCCAUCAUCGAGAUUGA